AUGCGUCGAGAGGUGGUGAGGAGAUUUCAGAUGCUGCUCGUGCUCUGGUCGAUACUCCUCGUCACCUUGGGGGCAGGGUUUCCAACCAAACACAAGAGUUUUCCUCAUAAAGCUCACCGCCACCCGGGUCACCCUGGCGGGGUCCAGUAUGACCCCGAGGCUUUGGAGCAGCAGAACCAGGUCCAGAGCCUCCUGCCCGAGCCCCACAGCCACCAGAGGAGGUGGUCCCAUCCCCAGCACCGCUCUGUGGGGGUCCUUCCUCAGCCCGAGCCCGAGGAGGAGACCAAACCUUUCGUCUUGGACCUGAGCAACUUCCCGGACCUGGCCAAUGCCGACAUGAACUCGCAGAACCCAAACAUUCAGGUCACCAUAGAGGUGGUUGACGACCCUCAGAUGGAGGUGGAGAUGGACCUGGCCAGCGAAAAGGACUGGCUACCCUCCGCCCCCUCGUCCACGGUGGACUGGCUCGGGGGCAAAAAGCUUUUCUGGCCCCUGUUCUGGAGUUACACCGACUCCAGCGAGGACAGCAACAGUCGGUCAGGGGCGGAGGACACCGGCGAGGAAGAGGGGGAGGAAGAUUACUCUUUGGAUUAUGGGAGCGAAGAGCCCUUGCCCAGUGGGGUGGGCGGGGACUGGGACACCCGGUGGAACGAGGGCUGGGAUCCAAUGCAGAGCUACUUUGAAAAGGAUGCAGAUGAAUGGACUCCCUGGUCUCCCUGCUCGGUGACGUGUGGACACGGGGAGAGGAAGAGGACCAAGUCCUGUGGCUACUCCUGCACUCUGACAGAAACCUCUAAGUGUGACCUGGAUCCUUGCCCUGGGGAAGUCAAUACAGUGGCCGAGCCUUUUCCUUUUGAGAUGGAGAAUGGGACAGAGCCAUUUGGAACAGAUGUGGACAGCUGUGAGAAAUGGCUCAAUUGCAAGAGCGAGUUCCUGCAGAAGUACCUGCACCAGGUGUUGUCCGAGCUGCCCGGCUGCCCUUGCUCUUACCCGGCGGAAGUGGCCUACACCGUGGUCAGCAUCCAGGACGAGACCCGCGGCCGGCCGUUCCGCUGGCGCGACGCCAGCAGCCCCAGGGAGCGGCUGGACAUCUACAAGCCCUCGGCGCGCAGCUGCAUCCGCUCGGCGCUGUCCGGCGACUCGUCCACGCUGGCGGCGCAGCACUGCUGCUACGACGAGCGCCGGCAGCUCAUCACGCGGGGGAAGGGCGCCGGCACGCCCAACCUGAUCAGCACCGAGUUCUCGCAGGAGCUGCACUUCAAGGUGGACGUGCUGCCCUGGAUUCUGUGCAAGGGGGACUGGAGUCGCUUCCACGCCGUGCGGCCCCCCAACAACGGACUGGGCUGCCCGGAGAACCCCCACCAGGACGUGUUCAUGAACGAACUGGAGGAGGCCAGGGAGUACUGA